CUGUGACAGGGGUAUAGACGAGAGGGGGAGUAAUACCUGGAAUUACACCGGUUGUCAUAAAGGUGUUACUCAAGCACAGAGGUAUAAAACCUGAGACGAACUGUCCUGUAUACCACACUCACCUGUCUGGAGCAGGCGAUGACAUGGCCGCCUCUGCAGAUUUCCGUCUUCAAGAAAUUUCCACAGACUCCAAUGUACCGAAGAUGGACUCACCUCCUGGGUACUACCCAGUGUCACAGCAUGUUCACACCGGGACCCCACCCCAGUUCAUAGGGGUACAUACGGCCCAACCCACUACAAUGGGGACCACUGUGGUGCAGGUGACUCAGCCAGUGGUGACCCAAGUGGAGCCGAACACCACGUGUCCUCUGGUGAUGUCGGUGCUGACCGUCGUCCUCUGUUUCUCCGUCUGCGGCAUGGCUGGCAUCUUCGCCGCCUGGAAGGCUCGCCUGGAUGUUCUCGGAAAGAAGUACGAGCAGGCCAGCCAUUCUGUCAAGAUCGCCUGGCUUUUCUUCGCCCUCGCCAUCUACUUUUGGCUCCUCCCCGGCAUAAUAGCUGCCAUAGUAUUCUCAAUAGUUUUUUAGUUAAUAGCACAGCCAGCUCUUCAUUCUCAUCAGUUCAUGAUCCACUGGCAACUGGCAUGUCCGCAUUUGGCAAUGUGUGAACACUCACUAAACUAUCACGAGGACUAAAAGUCAUCAAUCUUUUCUAAAUUGAAUAAACAGAUUACAAGCACUCAAUGAGUUCACGGACAUAUACAGAACAUCAAUAGAAAUAACUCUAGGCACACGAACAGACGAUAACUACUAAACAGAAUAUAUUUAUUUAAUGACUUUACGUAAACGAACAGAAUAUAGAUACUAAACAGAAAUAAUGACUACAUUGGAGCCAUUCCUUCUCUUUGUAUCUUCUUCCGUAGUCUUACAGUGUAGAAUAUUUUGUUUGAUUGACAGAGCGAUGUAACAAAGUAACACUAUUAUGUUUAUCUCAUAACAUUUUUAAAAUAAAAAAAAAGUGAUUAUUAUGUGUGAUUCCAGAUAAGUGUAAGAUAUAUAGAGAGGUCGUUUUGAAAGCUUUAGUCUAGUGGGUGUUCGGUAGUGUCGCCAUUGCCAGAAGCCCAACCCUCAACAUCUGUAGAUGAUGUAGAAGUAGAGAAGUAGAGGUGAGCAGUGUUGACACCAUUGACUGUCAUGAAGCAUAUCAUAAUCAGAUGUGAAGGAAUAACAAAUACUCCCAUUAUACGACUAAUAAUAAUAUCAAUGUUUACUUGUGUAGUGUCAACAGUGUUGUAGACUUUGACUUAUGGUCUUGUCUUAUUCAUCCGCUUUUCUCUUCUCUCUCUCCACUCUCUGUUCUAUGUAACAUAGCCCUGUGGAAUCGCAGUAAAUCGGGUGGCGACCGUUUAUGUCGGGUAGUUUGUUACCCAAUUACAUUAAAUUAGCCUAACUCUAAGGGGUCCCUUUACAAAGUUGAAAAAAACCCACCAAGAAAUCAACUACUUUGUUCAACUGCCUUUCAGGCACACA